AUGUGGACGCGGCGUCCGCUAGCCUUGUUGUGGAAUUUUUCUAACACUCGCCAUCGAUUCAGCACUGGAGCAGCCCUCAAUUUGGUGUCUGCCAGGUAUGGGGACCCGCAAAAGGAUCGCAAACGUCCACCACUAGUUAUCUGCCACGGAAUGUUCGGACAGAAACAGAACUGGCGCAGUGUCUCAUUGGCUUUGCAGCGACGUCUUUCCUGCACUGUUUAUGCAGUCGAUCUGCGCAAUCAUGGCGAGUCUCCUUGGGCGGAUUCGAUGAAAUACGAAGAUAUGUGUGAAGACGUGGUAGCGUUUCUAGCAACGAUUUCAAAGGAGACAGGUUUCUCCAGUUUUCGCAUUCUUGGCCACUCUAUGGGUGGAAGGCUGGUGAUGAGGUUGGCUGUCGAGCCCAGUUGGCAAAAUUCGAUUGACCGACUUAUUGUUGAAGAUGUCUCCCCUAAAACUUAUCCUGGAGACUUUGCCGCUCAUAUGGGAUUUCGAAAAUAUAUACAUGCGAUGGCAGCGUUAGAUAUGAGUAAGAGUCGUCGGGAACUCCUCAAGGACUUGGAAGAGAUCGUUCCUGAUAAGGCUAUUCGCGAGUUCCUAUUAACAAACCUUGCACCUUCAGAUGUAUCUGGAGUAUCCAAAUGGCGAUGCAAUUUGAAAGCAAUAGAUGAUAACUUAGAGACAAUUUUAAGGUUUUCCAUGCCGUCAGGGACGUUCAACGGACCUACACUUUUUCUAUACGGGGAAAAAUCGGAGUACGUAAGGAGUGAUGACAAGAAGUAUAUAAAAGACUACUUCCCAAAUGUUCGCUUCAAGGGUAUUCCUAAUGCGGGUCACUGGGUUCAUGCUGAACAGCCGGCCGCGUUCAUUGAUAGUGUUUCCAGUUUCCUUGAGUGA